CAGACUCUUGUGCACUUUGCAAAAUGUUUUGGUUUUUUUUUUGUAAUCCUGCUCCCCCAAAAUGCGUUUUGUCGAAUCUGCAGCCCCCAAUGUACGGCAAUCGCACUUGGACAAACCUUCGUUCGAGAACGCGCAGUUAAAAACCGUCAAAUAAGCACUAAAGGGCGCUCCUGUGACUGAGUGCUAGCAAACACAAAAAGGUUCAAUGUCGUAUACACCGAUAUGUUUCUAAGUUUCCUUGUUAUAUAAAUUAUUUUGAUUAUGGUGUUAGUGACAUUAAGUUUGUCCAAGUGGCUUUGCCGUCCAUUGCCUCCUGCAAAUGUACCUCGGUAAGCGUCUUCUAGUUUAGGAAACUACCACCCGCGCUUCGCUAAACAUUUCUUCCUGAAUUCGUACCCAAAGCGCAGAAACCUCGACACGGUGCGUCCAUCGCGACUUUACCGCACUAAAACCUCAUUCAUUGAGUCUUCGUGUCCUGUUGAACGCGUCUCGGGGCACGUUGAAGCUCCUUGGCCUCGUGUAGCUUAGCUUGCUAGCAAAAGAGACGCGUUUGUGGUCAGUGUGAGCCCGAAGUGUUGUGGAAAUGUGUGCGGGAAGGACAGCGGAACUUUGGGGACCAAAACCACGACAAAGUCAACAUCUGGACGCCGUUUGCACGAAGCCUCGAGUUGGGUCGAGCUCAGCAGAUGACAGUGGCUAUCUUUGUCCUGAGCAGCAGCAGCAAGAUGCCCCUCACAUUAAAGAGGAAGCGAAGGAUGAAGUUCAUCACAUUAAAGAGGAAGAGGAGCUGCAGCCCCUUUACAUUAAAACAGAGGAGGCGGAGGAGGCUAUCACCAAGUUGCCAUCGACUGUUGUCCUUUUGAAGAGUGAAGAUGAAGAUGAGCCAAGUGAGGAGAACAGAAGGGCGCUGCCUCCAAGCAACAGCAGCUGCUCAAGUCAGCACAUGACAACAGAAGGUGAUGGAGACCACCGUGGAGGAUCACGAGCAGAUUGCCUCUUAGCUCCACUAUCAAAUAGUGAUGACACAACGUCACACUCUUCUGACUAUGAUGAGGAUGAGGAACAGUCUGGAGGUCAUAAGGCAGGUCACACUGACAAUAAAGACCGCAAAUGUUCUCAGUGUGGGAAAGCUUUUGCUUAUAAGAGCAUUUUGAGACGACACGUGAGAACACACACUGGAGACAAGCCUUUUUCCUGCUCAGUUUGUGGUCACAAAUUCUCUGCAAGGCUAAACUUAAGAAUACACACAAGGACACACACUGGUGAAAAACCUUUCGCCUGCUCAAUUUGUGGUCAAACAUUCUCUGUGAAUGGACACUUAAAAAGACACACAAGAACACAUACUGGGGAGAAACCUUUUGCCUGCUUUGUUUGUGGUACAAGAUUCUCUCGAAAGGAACAUUUGGCAUCACACACGAGAACACACACCGGAGAGAAACCUUUUGCCUGCUCUGUUUGUGGUCAAACAUUCACUAAGAAUGGAAGCUUAAAAAGGCACACAAGAAUGCAUACUGGUGAGAAACCUUUCUCCUGCUCAGUUUGUGGGCAAACAUUCUACGACAAUGGGCUCUUAAAAACACACACAAGAACACACACUGGGGAGAAACCUUUUUCCUGCUCAAUUUGUGGUCAAGCAUUCUCUCAGAACGGUCUCUUAAGAAGACACACAAGAAAACAUACUGGGGAGAAACCUUUUUCCUGCUCAAUUUGCGGUAAAGGAUUCUCUGGAAAGCGAGAGUUAAAAAUACACACAAGAAACCACACUGGAGACAAACCAUUUGUCUGCUCAGUUUGUGGCCAGGGAUUCGCUCAGAAUGGACACUUAAAAGCACACACCAGAAAACAUACUGGUGAAAAACCCUUUUCCUGCUCAGUUUGUGGUCAAACAUUCUCUGAGAAUGCAAUCUUAAGAAGACAUAAAAGAACACACACUGGGGAGAAACCUUUCACCUGCUCAGUUUGUGGCCAACGAUUCACUCAGAAAGGAAGCUUAAAAAUUCACACAAGAAUUCACACUGGAGAGAAACCUUUUGCCUGCUCAGUUUGUGGCAAACGAUUCUCAGUUAAUCGAGACCUAAAAAUACACACAAGAAACCACACUGGAGAAAAACCUUUUGUCUGCUCAGUUUGUGGCCAAGUAUUUACUCAUAAGGGACACUUAAAAUUACACACAAGAAAACACACAGGUGAAAAACCUUUUCCCUGCUCACUCUGUGGCAAGAGAUUCUCUUAUAAGGGAACCCUAAAUAGCCACAGAAGAACACACACUGGGGAGAAACCUUUUUCCUGUUCAGUUUGUGGCCGACGAUUCUCUCAGAAGAAAUAUGUUAAGACACACAAAUGUGUUGGUGUGAAUAGCAAUGACCAAUGAAGGUUUCGCCUCUCAUCCGAGCAGGCUUCAUCCGUUCAUGCACCAAAGCUAGAUAAGGACAGCUCUAGCCCGAUUCCUGUGCGAUGUCCAAGGCAACCAGAAGAAUACAGUUGUGAUCGAGUCAAUGCUCUUAGAAUGAAAUGACCUGGAUGAAUGAAAAUAUUCAUAGACAUGAUGUUUAAUUCAUUCACUGCCAGCCUUUCCAGUUAACGUGGAUAUUCGACUUCUACAUCUGUCAAUGGCAGUGAAUUAAUCUUGAAUCUAAUGACUUUAAAUCUACAUUUGUUAUAUGCUAUGUACUUUUUUUUCAAUGUCUCCUGUGGACAAGUGUUGAGAAUUAGCGCUUAGUGCUAAAACAUUUGUAGCAAUACUCCUGCUUUGUCCAAUGUUUUUGUGAUGUGCAUAUCAAAUAAGCAAACAAUAGAUUGAAAUAGACUGAGGGAAAACUUUUGACUCUGUGGUAAGACGGAAAAUUGCCCAUGUGAUCCUGAAUAAAAUGGACAGAUUUUCUAAUGUAAUUAUCACAUUGUACAGUUUCUCAUCUAUGCCAAUGCCAAUGCAGAUGACCAUAGUAGAAGUCAGAAAGUUACACAACUGGCUGAGUUUCGGCGUUAAAAGGCAUUGUGUCCUUCCAGAUUUCGGAGCCAACAAUAUUGAAUGGGACGCUCCGACUUGCCACAGUUUGUUGUAAAUACAGUACUGUCUAUUUCGUGCUGACCAAUAAAGUUUUUUUUUUGUCAACGAG